GUUUCAAAGGCCCCUCAAUUGCGAAAUGAAAACUUUUUACUGUUUCAUGAUUUUUCCGAAACUUGAUAAUCAGAUAAAUAAUGGCCAAACAUCUGAUUACUUGUAUCUGAUAAAACCACAUCUGAUAACUAUAUAUACAAAGUUGUCGCUGUUUUGUUUUGCUUAGAAAAUAUAAAUAUAUACGCUCAGAGUUCACACAAGGAUGAAACAAAGCAGUGAAACGGAAGAUCCUCUAAGAAAAGGUAAAGAGAUAGAGACUGAAAAGUUUCCGCUUAAUUCCGUAACCCUUCUUGCUCAAGGGUAUAAAGAUGACAAGGAAACUUACUUUCAAAAGCGCGGUGUCAUCAAGAUUGAAGAAACCAGAAAAUACAUAAAUCGCAGCAAAAAAGGGAAAUUAUUGGCUUAUACUUUUGGAUUUUCAAUCUUGGUAUGUGCUUGGGCUUAUGCUAUUCAGUCUUCGACAACCAGCAGUUAUCAAGUUUAUGCGACUUCCUCUUUUAAUCGUCAGUCUCUAGUGUCUACUCUCGAGAUUGCAACAUCCGUUAUUUCUGCAGUAUGCAAGCCAAUUUUGGGCAAAAUUUCAGAUGUUACAUCUCGACCCCUGACAUAUGCGUUCGUUUUGAUGCUAUAUGCGAUAGGCUUCACUGUAAUUGCUUCCAGUAAAACUAUCUCAGCUUACGUUAUUGGUACUGUGUUCGUUGCAAUUGGUGGUUCAGGAUUGGACUUUUUAAACAGUGUCAUCGUUGGCGACUUAACACCUCUAAAAUGGAGAGGAUUUGCAACUUCAAUCCUUUCUACUCCCUUCAUCUUUACUGUAUGGUUUUCCGGACUUAUUGUUCAAGGAAUUUUGGAUCAUAAUUGGAGAUGGGGUUACGGAAUGUUUGCUAUCAUCAUGCCGGUUGUUCUUGUUCCAGCAAUUGUUAUCCUGUCGUAUCUCGAACGUUCUGCUGUUGCGGAAUUCAAGUCAAAAAAAGAAGAGUGCCCUACCGAGAAUAUUACAAAGUCUUCUAAACUCCGAAAUGUUUAUCAGGCGCUUCUUGAAGUCGAUGUUUUUGGUUUAAUCCUUCUUGGUUUUGGUUUUUCUUUAUUGCUCCUACCAUUUUCAUUAGUUAGCUAUGCAAAGAAUGGAUGGAGAAAUCCAAGUAUGAUUGCAAUGAUAAUCGUUGGUGGAAUUAUCUUAAUUAUUUUCGGUCUAUAUGAGCUGUUCUUGGCCCCUUAUCCCUUAUGCCCUCGUCGUAUUCUUUUCAAUAAAACAUUUAUGAUGGCAGUUGUAAUCGAUUUCUUUUAUUAUUUUGGUGGUUACAUUCAAUCCUUGUACCAAAACACUUACAUUUGGAUUAUCAAAGAUUGGUCAUACAGAGACUUGUCUUACUUUUCCAAUAUAAUGACGGUUGCAUUAUGCCUUUUCGGUUUACUUGCUGGUGUCAUUCAUAGAUCAACGCAUCGUUAUAAAUUCCUACAAAUUAUUGGUUUAGCAAUUAAGAUCGUUGGCUAUGCAAUUUUGGUAAGACCUGGACGUGCAACAACGAAUACUGUAAGCUUGGCAUUUUCGGAAGCUUUAAUAGGUUUGGGCGGUUCAUUCAGUGUCGUUGGAACCAGUGUUGCUUCCCAAGCUAGUGUCCCUCAUCAAGACCUAGCUACAGUCAUUUCAACGCUUAAUUUAUGGACACAAAUUGGUGGCGCGAUUGGAUCUGCAAUCGCUGCCCCUAUAUAUUCCAGCAAAGUACCAAAGUAUUUACGUGAAUACAUGCCCUCUAACGUUACUCAAGCUAAUAUCACAUCUUUCUACAGCAAUACAGACCUUAUACGAGAAUAUCCAAUGAAUAGCGAUAUUCGUCAAGGUGCCAUUAAUGCUUAUUCCAAGUCUAUGUUCUAUUUAUAUGCACCGGCCUUAGGAAUAUCCUUUAUAUCUUUCAUAGCAGCAUUUUUUCAAACUAAUUAUUUCCUUGGUAAUCAACAAAAUGCAGUUGAAGAUUCUGAAGAACCUGACGAGAGAAGAAGGGAUCAUAAGAUCGAGCAACUGUUGGUUUAAUAAACUUUAUGGCAAAUGGGGAAAUCUGUUGGUUUUUAUAUAACUUAUACACAAAGCUUAAUCUAAUAACCAAAUAAUAAAGUGAC